ACUCGGGGAACAUUAUCUGUUGGCAGAGAAUUAUUUACUUAUAAACAGUGCGUGCAAAUAUGUUCCGGAUUUGUUUAAUCGUUUUGUCAGUAGCGGCAGUGCAAUGUAUGGAUGGAUCAUGUCCGCCCACACUGCCUGUUGCUGUCUGUGAAGCAGCAUGCGGGCCGAAGCGACCCUGCGAUAGCACACAACUCUGUUGCCCCACUGAAUGCGGUGGCUCCAUCUGUGUGGACCCCAUGACUAAACGACACUUCGUUAAUUACGUGAAAGAGGGAAAAUGUCCGGAGCAGCCGCGCGGCACGUGGUCUUGCAGUCACACGUGCACGACGGACGCCGACUGCCCGCGCGCGCUCAAGUGCUGCGUAAAUAGAUGUGGCGCCCUCACUUGCAGGAUGCCUUCCUUUCCCAAUGUACCUAUGUGAUGUGACCUCAUCCAACGACUUUCUGUCAUCAUCAUGAUGUCAUAUGUAGGCUGGAGUAGCGAGGAAGGUGGACCAAGCUUUUAAUUCUCAUCCGUUGCAUCAAAAAUAUAUUUCUGAAUAAAUAUCUUGAAAGUAAAAACGUUUGUAAAGUGUAAUUUUUAGAUGUAGAAAUAAUUGGAUUAAAGGGAUGGUUUACACCAAAUAAAAACAUCUGCACUUUGCAGCGAUA